GCAUAAUUUUAUGUAAACAAAAAAUAGUUUUUAGUAAAAUAGAUUUUUAAUUACAAAUUUCUUUGUACAUAAAUGAAUACAAAACGUAAAGUUUGGCGUAAAAAUUUAUACGAAAAUGAGGAUUAUCCUGAUAAUUAUACGGAUCCAACAUUUUUAAAAGAUUUAAAGACCAAUUUGCAUGUACAGUUUUACACACUUAAUGAAGUCAUCCAAGGAGUUACAGUCCUCAAUAAUCAGAUAUCGUGCAUUACUGCAUUCCUUAUCAUAUUCUAUGCAAUGUAUAGCGAAAGAGCAUCUCCCACGGAAAUACUAUGGCCAAGUUUCCUUAUGACCAUUGUCGGUUACAUUUAUUUUCGCCGAAAACAUUUAAACCUUACAAUCGUUGUAGAGGAUUCUAAAACAUUGUUGGCGGUACUACUGUUUGGUUAUCUAUUUGCUCCCAUAUUACACACACUCACAGACGCAGUGUCAACAGAUACUAUUUUUUCCAUGACAUUUAUCGUGAUGUUUUUGAAUUUGAUAUUUUGUGAUUAUGGACUCUCAGUGGCAAUGGUUUCGAAGACAAUAUCUUUGAAUGCGGCUAUAUUUGGAUCGAUAUGCUUAGCGUCCCGUUUAUCAACAUCAUAUCAUGCCUUCGUUUUAUUGGUCGAGGCAGCAAUAUUUUUCGCUCUAUAUCCUAUAGUAACGAAGGAAUAUUGGCGUUAUUAUAUGUUGCUGCCCAUUUUUGUGGCUUGCAGUUAUUGCCUGUAUUUUAUAUCGGUCAAUGUUUUAUGGAUUUAUGUUUCCGUGACGUUAUUCAUUAAUAUCCUGUGUCCAUGCAUUUUUGUUAUACAACAAAGACAUAAACAUAAUAUCCAUGGGCCCUGGGAUGAGGCAAUCGUUGAAGAGACCACCGAUGAUAAUAUUGAUAUCAAAUUAUAGCAUUUAUUAAAUCCUUUACAAAUUUUUUUAUUUUAUAAUGUUAUGAGUUAAUAAAAAUCUAUAAAAGGCUGUACCUAUGUAAAUAUA